CUUAUAUAUUUGAUAUAAAAAGAAUUAUAUUUGAUAGAUAUUAAUUAGAAAUAAAAAAAAGUAAACAGGUUAAACAAUCUCUCGCUUUUGUUGGUGCUAGGCGUCAUUCACCUUGUUAGAUGACUAUGGAGAUAUUUCUUUCGCUUUUGUUGGUGCUAGGCGUCAUUCAUCUUGUUCAAGCACAGAGCCAACGAGGGUUUAUUAGUUUGGACUGCGGACUACCUGCGAAUGAGCCGUCUUCAUACACUGAGCCGAACACUGGACUGGAGUUCACUUCUGACGCAGGGUUCAUCCAAAGCGGAGAAAUUGGUAAAAGUAAAACAAUACCACGUAUAGGAUAUGGAUAUCCCUUGAAGCCGUACACGACGCUGAGAUUUUUUCCAGAAGGAACACGGAACUGCUACAAUCUACCCGUCGACAAGGGAAGGAAGUAUUUGAUCAAGGCUUGGUUUAGAUACGGAAAUUAUGAUGGUCGUGACAUUAAACCCAGAUUUGAUCUGUAUCUUGGACCAAAUCUAUGGGCCACGGUGGAUAUGCAAGACGAAGAUAGUACAAGCGAAGAGAUCUUACAUGUCCCAACAUCAGACUCGCUGCAGAUUUGUCUUGUUAAGAAUGGGACAACUACACCGUUCAUAUCAUCUUUGGAACUACGGCCGUUGGGAAACAAUUCUUCUAUCGCCCAGGAUGAUUCUCUCAAGCUUAUACGUCGAAUAUAUUUUACCGAGUCAGAGAACUACAUAAGGUACCCGGACGAUGCAUACGAUCGGCUAUGGAGUCCGCUUUCUUCGUCGAGUUUGACCCACAUAUCAACCACUAGAGAUGUUUCUAAUAGUGGAAGUUACAAUGUACCAAAAGCCGUGCGACAAAAUGCUGCCAGGCCAACUAAUGCUAGUGAGCCAUUGACGAUUGAAUGGACUCGAGAAAGUCCUAAUGACCAAUUUUACAUGUAUGAACACUUUGCAGAGAUCCAAGACUUGCAGGCCAGUGAAAUCAGGGAAUUCGUAGUGUCCUUUAAUGGAAUUAGUAUUUCUGACCCAGUAACCCCUGCAAAGAUUGAAAUGACAACUCUGGGAAGCCGUAUCCCGGUGAACUUUGAAGGAGAGAUAUGCAGUUUGCAACUGACACGAACCAGGAGAUCUACUCUUCCACCUCUACUUAACGCUUAUGAGAUCUAUAGAGUCAUCCAAUUUAUGCAACCCGAAACAGAUGAAACUGACGCGGUUGCUUUAAAAAGUAUCCAAGACACAUAUAAACUGAUUAGAAUCAACUGGCAAGGUGAUCCAUGUGUCCCUCAACACCUUAUGUGGGAUGGUUUAAACUGCAGCGACCCAAUUAUCUCCACGUCACCAAGAGUCACCUCUUUAAACUUGUCUUCUAUUGGUUUAACUGGAACCAUAUCAGCUGCCAUCCAAAACUUUACGAAGCUUGAAACACUGGACUUGUCGAACAAUAACUUGACUGGAGGGGUGCCAGACUUUCUAGGCAACAUGAAAUCGUUAUUGGUCAUAAACUUAAGCAGGAACAAUCUCAGUGGUUCAAUUCCUCGAGCUCUUCAAAGGGAAGGACUAAAACUACUCGUUGAAGGAAACCCAAGGCUUUGUCUCUCUGAUUCAUGUAAAAAACUACAUAAGAAGAAAUUAAUUGUGCUAAUUGUUGCAUCAGUUGCUUCUGCAGCCAUUGUCAUUGCUGUAUUGAUUCUUCUAUCUGUACUCAAGAAGGGAAAGCCAGCGAUUCUACGAGGUCUACACCUUCUACCGAGGACGUCAACUAUGAAUGUUACAUUUGCUGAAAAGAACAGCAGACGGUUCACAUAUUCAGAGGUCAUCAAAAUGACAAAUAACUUCCAACGAGUUUUAGGUAAAGGAGGGUUCGGCAUGGUGUAUCACGGUUCUGUAAAUGGUGCUGAACAAGUGGCCGUUAAAGUACUCUCUCAAUCUUCAACUCAGGGAUAUAAAGAAUUCAAAGCCGAGGUUGAUCUUCUUCUGAGAGUUCACCAUACAAAUUUGGUGAGUCUAGUCGGAUAUUGCUACGAAGGAGAUCACUUGGCCCUCAUUUAUGAGUUUCUGCCCAAUGGAGACUUAAAACAACAUUUGUCAGGAAAAGGAGGUAGAUCCAUCAUCAACUGGAGUACUCGACUACAAAUAGCUUUGGAGGCAGCAUCAGGAUUGGAGUACUUACAUAUUGGAUGCACACCACCGAUGGUUCAUAGAGACGUUAAAACUGCCAACAUAUUGUUGGAUGCCAAUUUCAAGGCUAAACUUGCUGAUUUUGGGCUCUCUAGAUCUUUCCAAGGUGGAGGCGAAUCUCAGGACACAGCAGUUGCUGGUACUAUAGGAUACCUUGAUCCCGAAUAUAACCAUUCGGGUCGAUUGGGUGAGAAGAGUGAUGUCUAUAGUUUCGGGAUAGUAUUGUUGGAGAUGAUCACAAACCAACCUGUGAUUAAUCAAACCUCUGGAUAUCCUCACAUAACACAAUGGGUUGGCUUUGAGCUUAACCGAGGUGAUAUUGUUGAGAUUAUGGAUCCAAACCUUCACAAAGAUUACGACUUUAAUUCUGCAUGGAGAGCUCUUGAGCUGGCAAUGGUAUGUGCAAAUCCUUCUUCUUCAAAGAGACCAACCAUGUCUCAGGUUAUUCACGAGAUAAAAGAGUGCAUUGUGUGUGCAAAGUCGGGGAUGAGUAAGAAUCAAGGGUUAGAACCUCAAGAAAUAACGAGCGCCGACACUUCCAUGGUUCCCACUGCAAGAUAGUUCUGAGUGUUGUCUUCUCUUAUCACCCAAAACAGUAAUAUAGCUACAUUUUAAGGAAUGUUAUUGUUCUGCAUGUCCAGACAAUAUUCUCUGUUCUUUUGGUUUCUUCAUGUGUCUUGAGUACCACAAAACAGGUCAUGUUUCUGUGUUUACUCUUGAGUGUCACGCCUUGAAAUUUGCAAGUGGCUAGUGCACUCAGAAAAAAAAAAAAUGAAAGCAUGUAAUAUGUACUAUAUUGCUACAUGAGCCACAUUCCUUUUUUC